AUCAAAGCAUCCGGUAUUUGGUGCUCCUUCCUUUCUGUGCCGCCCAUGCUGUUAACAGCUGAUUUUUAGCCUCUUUCUGCUAGACAGCCGUGAAAUAUUUUCUCCACAUUCUCUAAGAAUAUAGCUCGACAUGACUAAAGAGGAAGUCCAGGGGGCGACAGAAGAGGAACAGCAGGCUCAGUCAAAGAAGGCCCUGAAGAAACAGCAGAAAGAAGCAGAGAAAGCUGCAAAGAAGGCUGAAAAACAGGCCAAGCUGGCUGCCGAACAACAAAGCACAGAGGAAGAUGACUUUGCCAAGGACCGAUAUGGUGUGUCGGCUAUGGUCCAGUCCCAGCAAAAACUGGACAGGGCGUUGGUACGGGUCCAAGACCUUACUCCUGAGAAAGCUGACCACCUGAUCUGGUUGCGUGCCCGAGUCCACACCAGCAGAGCCAAAGGGAAGCAAUGCUUCUUGGUCCUGCGUCAACAGCAGUUCAACGUGCAGGCACUAGUUGCAGUGGGAGAUCGUGCCAGCAAGCAGAUGGUCAAGUUUGCCGCAAACAUCACCAAGGAAAGCAUUGUAGAUGUGGAGGCGUCGGUUAGGACAGUGGAGCAGAGGAUCGAGAGCUGUUCCCAGCAGGAUGUGGAGCUCCACAUUGAGAGGAUUUUUGUCAUCAGCCAGGCAGAGCCUCGUCUCCCCCUGCUUUUGGAGGAUGCUGUCAGGCCCGAUGGAGAGGGGGAAGAGGAAGGCAGAGCCACAGUCAACCAAGACACCAAGCUGGACAACAGGGUGAUUGAUCUCAGGACGACCACCAGCCAGGCCAUCUUUCGUCUGCAGUCAGGAGUGUGCCAGCUCUUCAGAGAUACCCUCACCAAAAAAGGCUUUGUGGAGAUCCAGACCCCUAAAAUCAUAUCAGCUGCCAGUGAAGGUGGAGCAAAUGUCUUCACGGUGUCUUACUUCAAAACCAGCGCCUACCUGGCCCAGUCUCCCCAGCUCUACAAGCAGAUGUGCAUCUGUGCUGACUUCGACAAGGUCUUCUGUGUAGGACCAGUUUUCAGGGCAGAGGACUCCAACACCCACCGUCACUUGACUGAGUUUGUUGGUCUGGAUAUUGAACUGGCCUUCAACUACCAUUACCACGAAGUGAUUGACUCCAUCACUGACACUAUGGUUCAGAUCUUCAAGGGCCUGAGAGACAACUUCCAGACUGAGAUCCAGAUGGUGAACAAGCAGUUCCCCAGUGAGCCUUUCAAAUUCCUGGAGCCCACUCUGAGGCUGGAGUACACCGAGGCCGUGGCCAUGCUGCACGAGGCUGGGGUGGAGAUGGGUGACGAGGAUGACCUCAGUACGCCCAAUGAAAAGCUACUUGGCCGUCUUGUCAAGGAAAAGUAUGAUACUGACUUCUAUGUCCUGGAUAAGUACCCACUGGCUGUUAGACCCUUCUACACGAUGCCCGAUCCAAACAACCCUAAAUACUCCAACUCAUAUGACAUGUUCAUGAGGGGUGAGGAGAUCCUGUCUGGAGCUCAGAGAAUCCAUGACGCUCAGCUGCUGACUGAAAGGGCCAUCCAUCACCAAAUUGAUCUUGAGAAGAUCAAGGCAUACAUUGACUCCUUCCGGUAUGGAGCCCCCCCACAUGGUGGCGGAGGCAUUGGCCUGGAGAGAGUCUGCAUGCUGUACCUUGGUCUCCACAACGUACGUCAGACCUCCAUGUUCCCACGUGACCCUAAGCGCCUGACACCUUGAACCUUCCACCAUGUGGACAAACCCAAUCAUCACUGGACCACCAUACAGAUGCUGGUGAUGGGAAAGGAGAGGGUAUAGGAGCUAGUGCCAUCCUAUGACUCUAACGUGCCCAUAUGAUUAACUAUUAGGAUGAAAGAAUAAAGCAGUUGCAACAGUAGGGUGUACUUUAUUGAUUGGUGAGCAUACUUCUCUAACAACAACAGAUUAAAGAGAAGGAGGAUUUAGCCAGUGGUUUAAGGAAGUUGCUUGUAAUCUGCACACACUUUAUCCAUCUUCUAAUCAACAAGUCAGUGUUUGUCCAAGUUCUUUUCUAUGGAGCUGUUAAAAAACUACUUUAAUACAGAUCUGAGUCCUUCCUACUACCAGCAUAGACUUAGGACUAAUGAUUGUGGUGUCCAGCAGUAUGCCUAUAACUACAAGUAUUUUGUAAGUAAUUAAUAGAACGAAGCUCAAAUGAGUAAAAAAAAAACUUCUCAAA